CGCUCCGCCUCCGCUGGAGGGAUCCGCAUCGGCGAGCGGCAACCCAGUGUCAACCGCGGCUCCUGGUGCCGGCUGUGGCCAGACGGCUCCGACCGAGCCCGCGGCGGCCGCCAGCUCUCCGAAGCCCGCCGCGCGGUUCGCGUUCCGGCUGCCCGCAUGGACGCGGCGCUGAAGCGGAGCCGCUCGGAGGAGCCGGCUGAGCUCCCGCCGGCGGCCCGGGACUUGGAGGAGGAGGAGGAAGCGGGGAUAGAGCAGGAGCUGGAGGAGGAAGAAGAGGUGGACCCCCGGAUCCAGGGAGAACUGGAGAAGUUAAAUCAGUCCACGGAUGACAUCAACAGGCGGGAGACUGAACUUGAGGAUGCUCGUCAGAAGUUCCGCUCUGUUCUGGUUGAAGCAACGGUGAAACUGGACGAACUGGUGAAGAAAAUCGGCAAAGCCGUGGAAGACUCGAAGCCCUACUGGGAGGCGCGGAGGGUGGCGCGGCAGGCUCAGCUGGAAGCUCAGAAAGCCACGCAGGACUUCCAGAGGGCCACAGAGGUGCUGCGUGCCGCCAAGGAAACCAUCUCCCUGGCUGAGCAGAGGCUAUUGGAGGAUGACAAGCGGCAGUUCGACUCGGCCUGGCAGGAGAUGCUGAAUCACGCCACCCAGAGGGUCAUGGAGGCUGAGCAGACCAAGACAAGGAGCGAGCUGGUACACAAGGAGACAGCAGCCAGGUACAACGCAGCCAUGGGCCGCAUGCGGCAGCUGGAGAAGAAACUCAAGAGAGCCAUCAACAAGUCCAAGCCUUAUUUUGAACUCAAGGCAAGGUACUAUGUGCAGCUUGAGCAACUAAAGAAGACCGUAGACGACCUGCAGGCCAAACUGGCCCUGGCAAAAGGGGAGUACAAGACAGCCCUGAAGAACCUGGAGAUGAUCUCGGAUGAGAUCCACGAGCGGCGGCGCUCCAGUGCCAUGGGGCCUCGGGGCUGCGGCGUCGGGGCGGAGGGCAGCAGCACGUCUGUGGAAGACCUGUCAGGAAGCAAACCGGAGCCGGACACCGUUUCUGUGGCCUCCGAGGCCUUUGAAGAUGACAACUGCAGCAACUUUGUGUCUGAAGAUGACUCGGAAACCCAUUCUGUGUCCAGCUUUAGUUCAGGACCAACAAGCCCAUCUGAGACGGCUGACCAAUUCUCUGCAGUUGUGAGGCCCGGCAGCCUGGAUCUGCCCAGCCCCGUGUCCCUGUCAGAGUUUGGGAUGAUGUUCCCGGUAUUGGGCCCUCGCAGUGAAUGCAGUGGGGCCUCCUCCCCGGAGUGUGAGGUGGAACGAGGAGACAGAGCAGAAGGGGCAGAGAAUAAAACAAGUGACAAAGCCAACAACAAUCGGGGUCUUAGCAACAGCAGUGGUGAUGGUGGCAAGAUCCAAAGCAGCACCUCCCCCGAGGGCCAGGCCUUGGUGAACAGGAUGAAGCAGCUCUCCCUGCAGUGCUCAAAGGGAAGAGAUGGGAUCAUUGCUGACAUAAAGAUGGUGCAGAUCGGCUGACGGAUCCAAGGUCUUGGCCCACGUGCAUAUCAAUAUUUAUACAUGAAACUGUGUGGAGAACAUUGUGCCAAUAAUCAUUUAACACAUGCCAAAUCGUAAGCGUUUACUCUAAACUGCACUAAUGAAGUUUCAGUGACCUGAAGGCUGAAGAUUUUACUUCGGGGUAAGAGCUCUUGGGCUGGUGUAUUUAUUUCAGAGCAGAGCUGUUGUUGCAGGUGGACUGUGACCAGGUUCACGACUUUUGUGGUACAUUACCUGUAAUAGUGUUAUGGAAGCAAUAACUAGUUCCUAUGAAAGAACCAGAGCCAGGAAAGGGGCUGGGAAGCUGAGCCCAGCCGGGGUCAACAGCUUGCUUCUCUUCCCCUUUACUCACCUUCAAUUUGGGAAAAGGGAGAUGUUCUCUCCUUUAUAUCCUAGGGGAUAUAAAUGAAAAUAACACAAGACAAAACCCAAACAUUCAAAACACACCUUUUUGACUCAGCAAAGGCUUAACAUUCAAGAACACAAUUCAUUUUCAUCAUACGUGGUGUUCAGAAGGGGCUUUAAAAAAAAGUAUGUGUUGGACACCCAUUGAAACCAGUUUCUGUAAAGGUUACUAUGAACUGCACUUUUUAGGGUGGGAAAGGUGAAUGCCAGUUGUGGGGAUUGGGGGUGGGGUGGGGUGAGGGUAGCAAGGACACAUCAUAGAAAGGGAUUUGUGGCUGUAUGAGAGAAGGUUCUAUAGCAUGAACCUUCUUCUACCAGCCAAGGGGACUUAUUUCUAAGAGAAGUGCAUGUAAAGAAUGGUCGCCAUUGUUAUUCUAGAUUGACAAGGUGUUAAUUUCUCUGUAGGUUUUAACUUUAAAAGUGAAAAGUUACUUAAGGGUCAUGCUGCACCAGUAGUACUUAGAGAAACUUGUUUCUUGAAGCUAGGAAAGGGAGUAGGCGUGUGUUGGCCUAAGGCUGUUGAAUAGAUGCAGUGGGGUCUGUUAUGCUAGUAGUAGUGUUAACACUGCUUUUCUUUGUUUUCAUGGUUACACAUAUUUAAGAGCACUGUAUUUUAUUUGUUAAAAAGACUUGGCAUUUCCAAAAGGAAAAAAAGCCAACCUCAUUUCCAGUUGUUUGUUAAUUCUGUCACAACUUGCAUACUUUAGUCAUUUGUAAAUCUCUUCAUACUGUAGUGUGUUCUCCUUUUUUAAUGAUACAGUAUCCUGAUUACAAGGUUAUUUUGUACUUGUCUCAAUACCUUGAGUGUAAUAAAAAUGGCUUAAGAAAAUG